AUGGUCUGUGUUGAGAUUAUAGCCAGGCGACGAGAUGCAGAAUAUUAUCAUGUUUUUGCAAAAAAAAUAACACAAAUCAAAAUUUGACGUAUUUUCUGCACACUCAACAAAACUAUGAAGUGGGAGGGGAUCAUUUUUACUUUUCUUUUAAUUUAUAGCAGCUCGUUUGGGUGCAUUUUCUUCCUCACGCCCCUCAUUCCAUUUGUUUACUUUCAACCACGUUUGGGAAGAUGGUUAAUGGAUCAGAUGAUAUGGUUAUGGCAGCUGUAUGCUGUGUUUCUUUAUGAGAAAAUUUGUGGUGUGAAAGCAGUGAUCACAGGAGAUGUUGUUUAUGAUGAUGAAUGUGAACUUAUCAUAAUGAAUCACAGGACAAGAUUUGAUUGGCUGUUUGUUUUUUCCUAUCAGAUCAGAUGUGGGUCUCUCAGACAUUUUAAAAUCAGCCUGAAGGAAAUUCUUAAAAAUGUUCCAGGUCCAGGAUGGGCCAUGCAGUGUGCAGGAUAUCUUUUUCUUCACAGAAAUUGGGAACAUGAUAAAAGUACAAUAUCAAAAUGUUUUAUGUACUUUAAAAAGUUAAACUACAAACCUCAGAUUCUACUGUUUCCUGAAGGCACAGAUUUAACACCAUGGACUAAAGCUAAGAGUGAUAAAUUUGCCCAAGAUAAUGGUGUUGAGCCUUACGAGUAUGUUUUACAUCCAAGAACCAGAGGAUUUAAAUAUUUUGUGGAACAGAUGAGAGAUGUUAACCUGUUUGAUUCAAUAAUAGAUGUCACAGUUGGAUACCCUGUAAAUAUACCACAAAAUGAGUCUGACAUUCUGAAGGGAAACUUUCCAAAAGAAGUUCAUUUCUAUAUCAAACGACACAAAGCUCUUGACAUUCCAUCCAGUGAAGAAAAUGUUGACAUUUGGUGUCAAAAAGUUUGGAAAGAAAAAGAAGAACGGUUGAAAAAAUUCUAUCAAGAUAAGAAAUUUGAUGUAAAAGAUAACAAAAUCAAACUUAAGGAUGAAAGUGAAAUCCAAUCUCUUUUCAAGUUUGCAAAUAUAUUUUGGAGUAUAUUUCAGAUAAGUACUUUUAUACUUCUGAUUUAUGCUCCAAUUAUACGCUGGUUUGCACUUUUAUCUAUAAGUAUAUUUGUAUUUAUCAGUAAAUUUGGUGGAAUUCAAGUUUUAUUAGAUUGCGAAUUAGAAAAUGCAAAGCACUAUAUGUAAGUUUUAAAUUUUUGAAGUAAAAAUGCACGAUAUUUAUUAGUAUGGUAAAAUACCAGUUUUUCAAAACUCAUAGGGUAGCUAAUAAUUUAAAAUAUUAAUAUUAUGGUGGUAAAAUUUAAAAAAAAAAAAAAUCUUCACCAUUGCACACAAUUUUUUAUACUUAUUCACACUUUGUCUUGAAUUAUUUUUUCAAACUAAGGGUACCGUAGAAUACAAAAAGUUUGAAGAAAAAAUUGUUCUUUUAAUUAUGUUAGUCAUGUAUGUUUAAAUUUUCAUUACACAAUAUCACUUAAAGUGGUGCUUGAAGUCAGUAAACUGUUAUAUGAGAGAAGACAAAAUAUUGUAAAGAUGUUAGUUUAGAUUUAAAUAUUUUGCAGGAUUUUGAAAGAUUUUAAAAAAGUGUAAAAAUGUUAUUAUUAUGAAUGGAGUUUUCCUCAAGUUUCUUCACCUAUGCAUAUCUUGAAUAAUUAUAUAAAAAAAAAAUUGUUUUAGAAUGAUCAUAAUAAUUAUGUCGAAAUAUAUAAAAUAUGGGCAGAUAUGAAAAUUGUUAUGAUUUUAUCUUUAUUAAGGUAGCACAAUACAAAGAUUUUAUACUUCCAAUUCCCCAGUUUUAAAAUGCUGUAACUUUCUUUAUAAUGCUUGAAAAUUUAUAAAAGUGGUAUUUAUGGAU